AUGUUGGCUUUGGAGAGGCAGGGUCGCAUUGACCUGGCGCUACAGCUCUUUGAGGAGAUGGAUUCCCAGAGCGUUUCGCCGAAUGAGUACGUGUACUCUGCCCUGAUGGGAGAUGGUUCUGAUCCUGGCGCGUGGCCGCGGGCUCUCGCGCUCCUCGAGGAUUGCGCGCAGCGCGGCGUGCCGCUCGACGCCGUCCUCUUUGGCAAGGCGCUGCGUAACUGUGCAGCAGCCGAGGAGUGGGAGGUGGCGGUGCAUCUGCUCGACCAGAUGGCAGCCACCAUGAAGGUAACCCUGCCGGCCUUGGCCUCCGCCGUGGCCUCCUGUAGAGGCGGCCAAUGGGAAGUGGCCUUGGCCCUUGUCACCUCUUCUGGGCAGCUCAAGGACACCGAGCUCUGGAACUCCGUCAUCUACUCCUGCGCACUCGCCGGGAGAGCCAUGCCAGCGAAAAAGAUCCUGACCAGCAUGAAGUUAAGAAAGCUGGAGCCGACGGUGGAGUGCUACAACAGCUGCCUGGUGGCAAUCUGCCAGUCCACUUCAUCUGCGCAGUCCGACGCCGGCAAAUGGCUGACGAAGAUGGGGAAGGAUGGAGUGUCCCCCAACACCGUGACGCUGAACGCCGGAAUCGGCAUGUUUGCUAGCUCCGGCGCUUGGGAACAGGCUUUGGCCUUUGCUACCAGCCUACAGCAGAGGGACAUCCUCCCCUCGCAGAUCACCUUCGGCGCGCUGAUCGGCACCUGCAAAGAAUCCAGAAGCUGGCCUGCCGCCUUGGCGAUUCUUGAGGACAUGCUGGCCCAGCCGUCCAUCCCUCCCAGCGUCACGGCCUUCAACAUUGCCAUCGCCGUCUGCGAGAGCUGCGACCAGUGCGCGCUGGCCGUGCUGCUGUUGCGCCGGAUGCCCACCCUGGGUAUUCAGCCAGACCUUGUGAGUUACAACACGGUGCUGGCUGCGUGCCAGAACACUGGGGAGUGGCAGCUGGCCCUGCAACUGUUCCAGGAGCUAGAGGCCUCCACAGAGCUGAGCCCGGAUGUCUACACCUACAGCUCAGUGAUCAGCGCGUGCGACGCAGGUGAGCAGUGGGAGUGGGCGGUCAACCUCUGGCAGCGGAUGGAAGCGCAGGGUGUUCCGGCGAACGACGUGAUCUUCAACAGCCUGGUCAGCGUCUGCAAGAAGUGCGCGCAGCAGGAGUGGGUGGAUUACCUUCUGGCGGAGAUGAGUCGACGAGGUCUCGAGAAAGGGUACAUCACGAUGAGCGCAGCCUUGGGCUCCGUGACGGCGGAGCAGCCCGCCAGUGAGGCGGAGGGCAGCGGCAGGGUCGCGGCAGGCGAAAACGUCAAGGUCUACAUGGAGAAACUGGAGGGGGCGUCUCACCUCUUCCAAGAGGCCAUGACGGACGGUGCCUUCUCGCCCUGGGUCCGCGAGGGAAGGUUGAUGGACCUUCAUGGGAUGAGCACUGAGGUGGCCAAAGUGGCCGUUUACAUGGCAAUGCGGGGCAUCCCGGACCUUCCCGAAGACGACCUGGCCUUUACCUGGGGCCUGAAGAUCAUCGUCGGAAAGGGUCUCCACAGCGCCAACGGCGAGGUGGUCCUGGAUCCUGUCAUUCGCGAGCUCCUGGAGAAGGUGUUCCUCUUGCGCGUCUCCUUCACACGGGAAGGCACCUACCGUGUCGCAGCUGAGAUGGCCAAAGUCGUGUGCGUCACCGGCUGCACAGGGUACGUCGCCUCGGAGGUGGUGCGUCAGUGCCUCGAGCUGGGGUGGACGGUGCGCGGCACCGCGCGCGACAUCAGCGACGAGGCCAAGACUGGAUACCUCAAGAAGAUGGCUGCCGGCCUGCCCGGCAAGCUGGAGCUGGUGCAAGCAGACCUCCUUACCGAGGGUGCCUUCGACACGGCCGUCCAGGGCUGCGAGUACGUGUUCCACACCGCCUCCCCGUUCUUCUUCGGCUCGGAGUCGGAAGGGCCGGAGGCUGUGGAGGCGAAGCUCAUCAAGCCAGCAGUGGACGGGACGAAAAAUGUCCUCACCUCGGUCGGCAAGCACAAGGCCGGCAUCAAGUGUGUCGCACUGACCUCCAGCUGCGCCGCCAUCUCAGGCUUCACGGGCACCGACAAGAUCGCGCGAGAGGACGGGAAGUUCUCUGAGGCAGACUGGAACGAGACCUCCACGCGCGAGGAGAAGGCAGCUUGGGAGAUCGCAGAGAAGGAGGGCUUUAAGCUGGUCACCAUCUGCCCUUCCUUUGUGUUGGGCCCGGCGAACACCGAUCGCAAUGACGGCGAGUCGGUCGGCUUUGCCCUCAAGCUGCUGAAGGAAGGCUCAAUCGGCCUGGUUGGCUUUCCUUGCAUCGACGUCCGAGAUGUUGGCAAGGCUCACAUCCUUGCCUGCACGAACCCGAACAGUGAAGGCCGGUACAUCUUGUCGUCGACCUUCGGCGUGCCUGCCUGGUGGGCCUACGAGGCGAUUGAGCCCCUGGGCCUCGCCAAGCUUCAGAAGCCUGAGAAGCCCGAAGGGGCCGAGGUGAAGCACACGUUUUGCAACGACAAGGUGCAAUCCACGGAGGGCGCAGGGCUCGGCAUCAAACUGACAGACUUGAAGACGACCCUGGCCGACAUGCUCACAUCCAUGAAAGUCUCCCACGCUGCGCACCUUGCGUAG